AUGACCUUCCGUAAGAGCGGUUUCUAUGUAGGAGUUGUACAAUUCGCUGGUAGCGCUCUUGUGCGCCUUGACCUUCAUAAAGGUUCACGAAAGAAGGCCAUAAUGUCUGCAGUGUCUGGUAUUAGACGCUCUGGUUCUGACCCAAUGCCAAUGGAAGCUUUGCAGAAAACACGUCUUAGAAUCUUUGGACGAGCUGGAGAUCGCAAAGAUGUACCCAAUAUUGUUAUCUUUAUAACAAAGAGCAUGCGCAAAGAGUCGGAAAUAAUGAGAGAGGCUGGAAAACUCAAACUUAAAGGAACCAGUAUCAUAGGAAUAGGAAUGGACCUCUCUGAUAAAAAGUUCUUAGAGACGGCUGUUUCUCCUCCAAUGGUGGCUAACGCCUCAGAUCCACAAUUAGGAUUCCAUCUGGACAGUUUCUUCACAAAGAAGGACAUCAACAAUGCUAUUUCCGCCAUGCAGUAUCGUUAUGGCAGUACGAAUACCGCUGCAGGAUUGAAGAUGGUCCGACAAGAGAUAUUUAACAUCCGAAAUGGCGAUAGAUCUAAUGUACCCAAUACAGUAAUCAUGAUCACGGACGGUAACUCUUACGUCAACAGCAUCGAUACAAUACCCGAAGGUAUUCGACUGAGGGAGGCCGGUGUUCACAUCUUUGUUAUUGUCAUCAAUUUCGCAGGCGAUAUGUACCGACAGGAAAUGGAUGACAUUGCCUCCCAGCCCCCGGAUCAAAACGUCUUCUGGGUCAACAGCUUCUCGGAACUUCCAGAAGUCGGAAGUGCAGUUUUACAACAAAUUAUCCUCACCGGAUACGGUAUGAAUAAGGACAUUUGCGACACCAACGAAAUGAAAUGUAAACAUGGUUGCCGAUGUGUAGCCGCAGCAGUCACUGGUUCCUUCCGGUGUGAGUGUAUUCAAGGAUUUACCGGCGAAAUUUGCGAGAUCGCAUGUCCUAGCAGGUUUGAUGUUGCGUUUGUCAUCGAUUCCUCUGUAAGUGUUGGGCCACACAACUUUGGACUCAUCCGAAACUUCUCCAGCUCUGUCAUUGAAAAGCUGUACCAAAUCUCUAGAAACAACAAAUUUGCCAUAAUUACCUUCAACUCAGAAGCCAAUGUUGCUUUCAGUUUAGGACGUAACUCAGACUUAAAUGGCCUCAAAGGUGCGAUAGCAGGCGUGAGAUACAAGCCAGGGGGCACCAACACUGCACUGGCGCUGAGGACCGCUCAUGGUCUUUUACAAAACGACUAUGGAGCCAGGCGAUCGGCGCAGGACGUGGUCAUUCUGGUCACAGAUGAGGCGUCCAACAUAGACGCCCAGGAGACGCUUCCAGCAGCCAAGGAGUUGAAGGACGCCGGGACCCACGUGAUAGCUAUUGGAAUGGACCUGGAUACCGCCGGACGGGCCGCGGCCCAAGAGGUAAAGGACAUUGCCUCUUCCGACGAUCGUGCCAUGAAUAAACUCAACAGUUACAGUGCGUUAAAGGGAAUCGAAAGUGACGUCAUUAACCAAAUGUGCGAGUUUGGUAGAAAUGGUAGAAAAUAG